AUGGCACCGUCUCUCCCCCCACCUCUCGAGAUCGACCCGCCCCUCCUCAACUCGGCAUGUCCCUGGGCCACAGACCUCGAGGACCUCAAGCGUCUCUACGCCUGCCCGCACACAGGCGCAGUCACGACCCGCACCUCUCUCAUCCGGGGCUUCCCCCACGAUGACUCCGUACACCAAUACGCCCUCUUCGACGCCGCCACCCACAAGGUCGUCGCCUCCUCCUCAUCCUCCUCCUCCCGGCCACGGCCCAGCGGCACCGGCACCGCCAACGCCAGCCUCAACACCCUGGGCUACAGCCCGCACGUCCUGCAGACCUACCUCUCCUUCAUCAGGGCCAUCGCGGCGGACCCGGACGUGCCCCGCGCCCCGGGCAAGACGUUCAUCGUCUCCGUCACGGGCUCCGCGGAGGAGGUCGCCCGGUGCUACCGCCUCGUCGCCGCCGAGGAGGAGGAGGCCCGGCGGCGGCGAGACCCGGGCCCCCCACUCGCCGUCGAGCUGAACCUCUCCUGCCCCAACAUCCCCGGCAGCCCGCCGCCGGCCUACGACGCCGCCGCCCUGCGCUCCUACCUCGCCGCCGUGGUCGCCGCCGCCGCCGCCGGGGAAGCCACGUCGCCGCCGCUCCCGCGCAUCCCGUUCGGCCUCAAGACGCCGCCGUACACGCACCCGGCGCAGUACGACGCCCUCGUGGGCGCCCUGCUCGACUGCGCGGGCGGCGCGGGCGGCGGCGUCUGCCCCGUCAGCUUCCUGACGGCGACCAACACCCUCGGCUCGAGCCUGGUCCUGGCCGGCGGCGACGCGCCCGCGCCGGCGCUCCCCGGCCGCGGGGUCGGCG